GUUAGAUCACUUGAAACAUGGCGGCUACUUUGAAAACAUCAAAACAGUUUCGCUCGUGGAAAGAUGAAGAUUCUUUCGAACAGAGUGAUGUUGUUAGAUUAUUUGACCCGGAACAAGUUAAAACAACAAAAUCUGUGAAUUGUUGGAAGUACUGGACGAUUUAUUGUACACUGGUUGGAUUUUUCGCUUUAUUUUUGCUCGGAAUUCUGAUUGGAUUUUUAUUGAGGGUUGAUUCAAAAGUAGACAAUAGUUGCCCUGUCGGGGAGAAAAGGGCUGAUGGGUUUGACAGAGAAAAACUACAAGCAGUGCACAAUAACAUUGUUUAUUUAAUGUCUGGAGAAAACAUUGCCACAUAUGCUCGAGAGUUAUCUUUACUGGCAUCAGUUGAUGUUUCCACAUCAUCAGAGAGAAUCGACAAAGUUACAGCACAAUAUGUGGAGAAAAAAUUCAAGCAGUUUGGCUUUGACAAAGUUGAAAUUGAGGAACACAAUAUUGUAGUUACCUCCCCUGAUCCACUUCAUCCAAACAGACUUGAAAUUCUGUCUACAGAUGGCAGCACAAGAAGAAAUUAUACUUUCCAUGAAGUUUCUGAUACCAAGGGAGUUAAUUCAGAUCCUGGCAUAGCUGAUAUUCCAGCAACAUUCAUGGAUUUUUCACCAUCAGGGAAUGCAGAGGGUCCCUUGAUGUAUGGAAACUAUGGAAGAUAUGUAGACUUUAUACAGCUUGAGACCAGUCAUGUGAUUGUGCAAGGUUCUGUUUUACUUCUCAAGAUAGGUCUGAGCUCCGUAGCUGAGAAGGUGAAGUUGGCAGUGAGGUAUGGUUGUGUUGGUGUGUUGUUGUUCUGUCACCAUGGUGAUCCUUGUUACCAUAGCAACAGUAGCGAACACACUGUGACAAGUGCUAGAGAUUUUACAGAUUGGGACAGUGAUGAUUUACCUACAAUUCCAGUACAGACUGUGUCUCACAAUGUUGCUAAGGAUAUCAUCGAGAGUAUUUCUGGUACUAGUCUACCAUUGCCAUGGCAACAACAUGUACCACAAAAACAGAAUGGAAGUCGAGCUGAAGCUUCAGCCAGGGUGUACCUUCAAGUGAACAACAAGAAAAGUUCUCAAACAAUUUACAAUGUUAUUGCUACAGUAUAUGGAAGCAUGGAAUCUGAUCGUGAAGUAUUGCUUGGUGCCAGACGGUAUAGAGAACAACUGGUUGAAAAUGACCUUGACUCUGCAACCAACACUGGUACCUUGCUUGAACUGGGAAGAAGUAUGUCAUAUAUUAGAAACAGGGAACUAUGGAAACCAAGGAGAACAGUAAAGUUUGUGUCAUUUGGAGGGCUUAGAAAAGAUAUUGGAAUGUAUUAUUACUUAAAGUAUCACAGACAUAUACUUACACAAGAAGCAGUAACUUUCAUUGACCUUGAUGCUAGAAGUCGAGGGUCAAAGGUCAUGGAGUUCAAGUCAAGUCCAUCUGUAGCAAGUCUCUUGUGGAAGACUGCAGAUAUGAUUCCAGAUCCUUUAAAUCAAGAACUCUCGUUGGUUGAGAGUUGGCCUAAAGUGCCACAUGACUGGUAUUUGUCCAAUGAGAGUGCAGUUUAUAUGUACAGCUCUGGGGAGUUCCCAUUACCACAUCAAUUUGGGAUUCCAUCUAUUUCCUUACAUUCCCUGCUGGCAAGGGAUACAAAGGCUCUAGGGGACAUCACUCAGCAAUUGAAUUAUCAUCUAGCAUCAGCAAGAGUUGUUUCCCUUACUACAUUGAAGCUGCUGGAUGAUUUUAUAAUUCCAUUCAACUUAAGUUUUUUACUGCAGUUCAUGAACAGUUCAAUCAAUCACUCAGUUGAAGUUCUCAGACAGCAUAUUUCUGGUGAUGAUACAGAAAGUAUGUUACGAGUAUCCAAUGAGCUAUCUCAUCUUGCACUAAAUAAUGUACUAGAUCUUCACAGUUGCUUAAAUUCCGGACGGCUGAAUGACAUUCUCAUGAGGUUUGAAAGUGUAUUCAUGGAUGAAAGUUUCAGUGAAAAUUUAUUAUCUCUAGAUAGACAGACUGGUACUCUGAUCGUGUUUAAUGAUGUCAUGGAUAGAUAUUUAAUUACAAAAAAUAGAGACACAAUCAACAAAUUUUCCAAGAAAAUUGUCAAAGUCCUUCAGGAUGUCAUAAAAGAAAUUGAAGCUUUGAAGGAGAGAUAGCUGAUAUUUAAGUAGGACACGAGAGGUACUUCAUGUCUGAAAGUGCAAAUAAAUGUUGGUGCAAUUUAUACAGUAUUACUAUUUAGUAGAUAGAUGACAAUGAUGUUUAAUAUUUUCUUAACAUUAGGAGUGUUUAACAUUCAGAAACAGCCAUUGAAAACAUCAACAGUGUUGUUUUACACCAGUAAUGUUAUUAGAUAUGUUAGAUCCAGCCAUGCCAUUAGACAUUGAAUAUGCAUUAAAUGCUAAAGACAUUUUGAACAAAGGUCAAGUUAAAUGCUGUUGCUUACUGAGGCACAGAAAUUGCAUGUUUUUAAAAUUCUGUGUAAAUAAUUUUCUCUGAAAAGGUCAGUGCUUAGGUUAUCUCCUGCCAACCAGCAAAAUGAAGGAUGUGCAGUUGUCUACUUGGACAGAAAACCGUUUUCUGGAAGAUAGAAGUGUUCUUUAUUAUUAUGUAGAUUAUUAUGUAGAGAUUUGCGCAGUAGACUUUGUAUCUGCAUAAUAUAAGGAAGCAAUUACAGCAUUUUUUGAUAAUUCCAAUUAUAUUUUGCUUCAGAUUUGAAUCACGCAAAACACAUGAUUGGAUUUGGCACUAUGUGCUAGGACCAGGAAAAAAACUUAACUUUGAUACCAAAUUGAUUUCAAGAAAAUGUUUUAUCAAAUUGAGACCAUAAAGUUACUUUUGUAUUUUUGAGAAGACUGGACAUUUUUUUGACAUUAUUGUAACAGAAGGAUAUACAUGGAAUGAAGUAUAAGAUGUCUGUGUCAUCUUUUUAACAGUUUAGACUUUUUCUGAAAAUCUAAUAACUUGAUAACCAGUCUCAAGGACCUUCAUAAAGGCAGAAACUACAUUUUUAUAUUUAAGGUUUUGAGCUGUUUCAUUGAAAAAAUACAUUUUGUACUUAACCCUCAGCCUGCUGGCGGCAAGUGAUUCUGCCUUUGCGACCAGUGCAGUCUGAUCAUGGUCUGCACUGUUCGCUAUUCAGUCAGUAAAUUUUUAGUAAACACCCCUUCAAAUGAUAAAUGGUACUGCCCAUAUUGGAAGAUGGACCAGUCCAUUAUAGAAAUUUAGCAUGAUAAGGGUUAAGAAUAAAGAUUGUUCAUUGAUGUUUUCCUUUAUUUGAUACAGCAUAAAACAUGUAUGAUUUUUAACAGAUUCCUUAGGUUGACAGCCUAUGGUGCCUCUAGGAUGAUGUAUGAGGUUGCUGUAACUUUCUAGUCAUUUGUGUACAUAUACAUUACAUUGGGUACCUUUGUAAAUAAAUUUUCACAAUAUUUCUUUAAAACUGAAUUUUAGCAAGGUGCAUGCAUUAGAGGAAAUAUGCAACAUUUGGCAACAUUUCUUACUGAAAGAACUAGGUAAACCAUUAACACUAACGAAAAAAGUAUCAAAAUUGGACUACAUACAAAAAAGAUGUAGCCAUUUGAAUACCAUCUAUGUACUCAAAUGGCAGCCAUUUUGGGCACAGUGACAUCAUCAUUCUUUCCUUAUAUGGGCAUUACCAUAUAUGGAAGUUUAGUGAAUAACAACUAAGAGAAACAUAUUUUGUGGGCCAUAAUACAAUAUGAGCUCCAUGUUUAAUUGUAUUUAACAUAAUUUUGCCAUAAAUAUAAUAUUUGGUAAUGCCCAUAUAAGGAAAGGACAAUGAUGUCACUGUGCCUAAAAUGGCUGCUGUUUAAUUAAAUGAUAAUAUUUAAAUUGCCAUAUCUUCUUUGUUUGUAGUCUGAUUUUCAUAAUUUUUCACCAGUUUAUAGUAUUCAUUAAAUUCUUCUAAAUAUAUACAUUGUCAAAUGUUGAAUAUUCCCCUUUAUGUCAUGUUAGAAAUAAUGAUUGUGUAAAGUAAAUUAAUUUUAACACAGUUUAAUAUUAUUGUCACUUUCUUUUUUGUCAUACAGUGGUGGUUAUUGACUAUCUAUACAUGUACCAGACUUUGUAUGUGAAUUCACUUGAAGUUAAAAUGUGGUGUGCUUAGUUUUGGUUUCUAUGUCUUUCAUCUUGAACUUGUUACUAAGAACUGUGGUAUUUAGAUGAGAUGCUCUAAUUUCCAGUUCAACUAUACUAAGUCUUGUAAGUUCUAAAUGCUUUACCUAUACCAUUUUAGAUUUUUACAGAUAUGUGAGGCAUACAAUUGUUUGUUUAGGUUAAGAACAUCCUGGCUAGCUUAAAACUGUCAUCAUAGAGCUUUUUUCUGAGUUCUGUAGCAAAUUUUCAAAAAUUAGUAAAAUCAAUAUUUUAAAGGAGAAUAUAAUUAUACAAAUGGAAAUUUCAGGUGUUAUGUUUUCAAAUUAUGAAGUCUGAAUUUCUGACCUAUGUUACAUUGGUAUUUCUGAUGUCCUACCAAGAAGCAGUUUUAAAAAAAAGAAAAACCUACCUACCUACCAAAAUAUUUUGGGAGAUUUUACCAUUAGCAAAUUUGUAAGCCUAACCAGCCAUAUGAAUUAUUAUUAUAACUUACAUGACUUGUGUACUUGAAUCAUUUAAUAUUUGUUAACUGACAUAUUAUUGUUGUUGGAACACAUUUGAGUAUUGUGAAGUAAAUAACUUGCUAUGUUUCAUGAGGUUGUGUAAAGAAUUUUCAUCUGUGACAUUGGAUCGGUCAUAAAUUAUCUUUCCUUAUACAUUGUUUGUACUUUUGUAAUUAUUUAUACAGUUGAAUAUUAAAUGGCAUGUCAGAUAA